ACAGGAUCUUUGUCACAGCAGAUUAAUGUCUGUCAGUGCCAUGAGCUCUGAUUCUCACCGUUUAUCUCAUCUGUCUGUCUCUCCCUCCUUCCUUCUUUCAGUCUGCUGCUUUGUGGUGCACAAGCGUUGCCAUGAAUUCGUCACCUUCUCCUGCCCCGGAGCAGAUAAGGGUCCUGCAUCAGACGACCCGCGCAGUAAGCACAAGUUCAAGGUCCACACGUACUCCAGCCCCACCUUCUGUGACCACUGCGGCUCUCUGCUGUAUGGACUCAUCCACCAGGGCAUGAGAUGUGACCACUGCAUGAUGAACAUCCAUAAGCGCUGUGUGGCCAACGUGCCGAGUCUGUGUGGGACUGACCACACUGAGAGGAGGGGCCGCAUCCAAAUCACUGCAGAGAUCAAGAACAAUGUGCUCACCGUCAGCAUUAAAGAGGCGAAGAACCUGGUGCCCAUGGACCCCAAUGGACUCUCUGACCCCUACGUCAAACUAAAACUCAUUCCUGACCCCAAGAGCGAAAGCAAACAGAAGACCAAGACCAUCAAGUGCUGCCUGAAUCCCACGUGGAACGAGACCUUCACAUUUAAUCUGAAAGAGUCUGACAAGGACCGCAGGCUGUCUGUGGAGAUCUGGGACUGGGACUUGACCAGCCGGAAUGACUUUAUGGGCUCUCUGUCUUUCGGCAUCUCGGAGCUUCAGAAGCAAGGGGUGGACGGAUGGUUUAAGCUGCUCAGUCAGGAAGAAGGCGAGUACUUCAACGUACCUGUCCCAGCUGAAGGAGAAGAAGGCAAUGAGGAAUUCCGGCAGAAGUUUGAGAGAGCUAAAAUUGGUCCCAGCAAAACAGACGGCUCUUCCUCUAACGCCAUCUCCAAAUUUGACAGCAAUGGCAACAGGGACCGCAUGAAGCUGUCCGACUUCAAUUUCCUCAUGGUGUUGGGCAAGGGUAGCUUUGGAAAGGUGAUGUUGGCCGAGAGAAAGGGAGGUGAUGAGCUGUUUGCCAUAAAGAUCCUGAAGAAGGACGUGGUGAUCCAGGAUGAUGAUGUAGAAUGCACUAUGGUGGAGAAGAGAGUGUUGGCCUUGGCAGGAAAACCACCCUUCCUCACUCAACUGCACUCCUGCUUUCAGACCAUGGACCGCCUGUACUUUGUCAUGGAAUACAUCAGUGGUGGGGAUCUCAUGUAUCAUAUCCAGCAGGUCGGCAAGUUUAAGGAACCCCACGCUGUGUUUUAUGCUGCAGAAAUCGCCAUAGGUCUGUUCUUCCUGCAUGUGAAGGGGGUUAUAUACAGAGAUCUAAAGUUGGAUAAUGUCAUGUUGGACAUGGAGGGUCAUAUCAAAAUUGCUGACUUUGGAAUGUGCAAGGAGAACAUGCUUGAUGGAGUCACCACCAAGACCUUUUGUGGGACCCCUGACUACAUCGCCCCUGAGAUCAUCGCUUACCAGCCUUAUGGAAAGUCAGUGGACUGGUGGGCGUUCGGAGUUCUGCUUUAUGAGAUGCUGGCUGGGCAGCCCCCAUUUGAUGGUGAGGAUGAGGAUGAGCUGUUUCAGUCCAUCAUGGAGCAUCAUGUGUCCUAUCCCAAAUCCAUGUCCAAAGAAGCUGUGGCCAUCUGCAAAGGGCUGAUGACCAAACACCCAGGCAAGCGUCUGGGCUGUGGUCCUGAGGGUGAGCGGGACAUCAGGGAACAUGGCUUUUUCCGUUACAUGGAUUGGGAAAAGUUGGAGAACAAGGAAGUUCAGCCACCGUUUAAACCAAAAGCCUGUGGCCGGGAUGCAGAGAACUUUGACCGCUUUUUCACCCGCCAUCCACCGGUUCUCACCCCUCCAGACCAGGAGGUCAUCAUGAACCUCGACCAAGACGAGUUCGAGGGCUUUUCCUUCAUAAACCCCGAAUACCCUGCCAUGGAAGCCCAGAGUUAAGGGCGACCUCCUAAAACUAACCCAGCCCUCCAUCAAACCCCCUCUUCAUCAAACCUUCUUACGUUUAUGUAUCAUACACUCCAUAAAACAGGCAUGUGUAUGUAUAUAAACAGCCAUGCACAAAAACUAAGCCAUCUAUAUACAUAUGCAUGCGAAACUUCGAUAUCCGUAGAUUAGCCUUUCACUACAUCCCAUUGAGUGUGUCCAUGCUCAAGGAACGUUCGAAUCUAAAGGCUGUCUUUAUACUAUUUUUUACUCUACAGCUUUCCUGAAUGUGGUGUGUAUUGCAUAGCUCUCUUCGAAACUUUCCUCAGAUGUGUGUGUGUUCCGGGCACCGCCAGUGUUCAGAUUCAGCCAUUUGCACUAAAGGUGCAUGAAUCGCAUAUGAGAUGCACAAUGGCUAGCCUCGCUCUCCUUGUCCAGCCUGUGAUGGUGAUAUUCUACUGAUUUUAUACUCGAACCAUUUUGCCUGUUUCAAAAAGAAUGCGAACUCAAAUGGUUUUUUGCAUGACGAUUUUGUUUUCCCUGAACUUUUACGAUUCGUAUGUCGUUAGUUAGCUCUGUAGUGAACCCUAGUCUUGCUUUAAUCUCUGACUUGCAUUGUACAGACAAGUAGAUAACAGAAAUCGACCAAAG